CUCCUCCAUCUCUUCAUCAUUCACUUUCUCAUUUACCCAGUAGCUUUUAUCUGUGCUCUGCUCUCUCUCUCUCCCACUCCGUCUCUCUCUCUGUCUCUCUCUCUCCCAAUCACACCGUGUGUCCCACUCUCUGUCUCUCUCUCUCUCUCCCUCAAUCUGUGUCUCUCCCUCCCUCUCCCUCUCUCUCUCGCUCCUCUCCCUCGCUCCCUCUCUCUCUCUCCUCCUGUUGGGUUGGCAGUAAGCUGCAGUCGUUUGCGCUCUCUGGUUGUGUUGCUCCUCGCUGCGUUCUCGGCACCUCCCUGCAGCUCUCCGUGUUGCUGUGAGACAUGACGGCCAUCCUGGACCUAGCUCAGAUCGCAGAGGCUGAAAUCGGGGUGGAACAUGACAUUGAGACCCUGCACGGCGUUCUGCAUGUGACCAUGAGGGGUACCCCAAAGGGGAACCGCCCGGUCAUCCUCACCUACCAUGACAUCGGCCUCAACCACAAGUCGUGCUUCAACACGCUGUUCAACUUCGAGGACAUGCAGGAGAUCACGCACCACUUCGCCGUGGUCCACGUUGACGCCCCAGGGCAGCAGGAGGGCGCCCCUCCCUUCCCCACCGGGUACAUGUAUCCCUCCAUGGACCAGCUGGCCGACAUGCUCCCCUCUGUCCUAACUCAUCUGAAGGUGAACACUGUGAUCGGAAUCGGGGUAGGGGCCGGCGCUUACAUCCUGUCCAGGUUCGCGCUGAAUAACCCGGGCCUUGUGGAGGGUCUGGUUCUGAUCAACGUGGACCCAUGCGCUGAGGGCUGGAUGGAUUGGGCCGCCACCAAGCUCUCUGGGUGGACAAGCAAUCUGGUGGACAUUGUUAUGGCCCAUCACUUCAGUGCGAACGAGCUGACGGAGAAUCAGGAGUUGAUCCAGACAUACCGGCUGCACAUCGCCCAGGAUAUUAACCAGGACAACCUGGGCCUCUUCUGCGCCUCCUACAGCAGCCGUCGGGACCUGGAGAUCGAGAGGCCCGUUCUUGGCCUGAGCGAGGGCACGGUGAACACACUGAUCUGCCCUGCCCUGCUGGUGGUUGGGGACACGUCUCCAGCAGUGGAAGCUGUGGUGGAGUGCAACUCCAGGUUAAAUCCAUCCAACACAACAUUGCUGAAGAUGGCUGACUGCGGUGGCUUGCCUCAGGUUGUCCAACCGGGUAAACUCGCUGAAGCCUUCAAGUACUUUGUCCAGGGCAUGGGUUACAUCCCCCAUGUUCAGCUCAGCCAUCUGAACAAUGAAUCAGUUCCCACGGCGAGCAUGACCAGGCUGGCCCGCUCACGCACCCAGUCCUCCUCCAGCAUGGGCUCACCGGACGGCAGCCACUCCCACAGCCUCAGCAGCUCCCAGCUGGACGGGGCCGGCUCUUCCACCGCCCUGGACAACCAGACCGGGCCUCAGACCAUGGAGGUGUCCUGUUAAACACCCCCAGCCUGGCCCUCCCAGAUGCCUGCCGAAGUAUACCUCUGCCUCCCCUCCUCUCUCCUGUGUCUCCCCCCUCCUCCCUCCUUCCCCCACCGCCUGUCGCUGAGCUCAAAGCCAGAGAGACCUGUAACGAAUGGUGUUAUAAAUGUGAAUAUAUACAUAUAUAAAUAUUAAUAUAAUCAUAUGUAAUUACACACCUAUGAAAAAAGUCACUAGCUGAGGGGACCAAAAAAUUAAAAUAUAUAUAAAUAUUAAGAAAUUGACAGCAUAGGUUGAAUUCCACCGAACAUGUUUCUUAUUGUUUUCUCAAGGUGUGUGCAUGUCAGUUGUGUCACUAUAAUAGGCAGGAUUUUGGGUGUUUUUUUUUUUUUUUUUGUGGUUGUAAUUUCUGUUAUUUUGAUUUCCUUUUCAUUGUUCCACGAUGGUUAAUGUCUCCAGUCCUGUAUUAUUAUCCUCAUUUCAGUUUUAGUACACUUUUUGUUUUUGUAAAGUGCUUGUUUUUACUGAUGAAGAGGAAGGGUUCCAGGGAUUUUUGGAGGAGUUAAGAAAGGGGCAGGGCCUUAUUAUAUACACUAUAGGGAGUCCAAUCUCUGUCCCUCCUCCUCCUAUUUUACACAGACCAACCCUUACCCCUUCCCUUUUUCUUUUCAUCAUGUCAUUAAUUGACGAAAUGCAUUAAAAACACACUUGGCUCCCCUUACUGAAGAGUAGUAUCUUGUUCCAGCACUGUACCUUUAUACAUAUAACUGUACAGCAUGAUCACAUUAUACUGCAGGUGAAUUCAUGCUUGGGUUUAGACGUGCACAAAGUAGAGCUGUCCGUGCUGUUUUGCUGUCUGCUUUUCUGCUUGGGUUAUUUUGUGUAACUGCUUGAGUGGGAGUUGUAGCCUGCAGACAUUAGAUGAAAUGAUAGGACUGAGCGGCUGGUCGCAGCCUCUGCAGCACAGCUGUGUCAGAAACACCUCCAGGAGACCAGGAUUCACGGAUCCCCUUGAGGAACACAUAGAGAGGAAUAUAAAUCAUCGUCAUACAUACCCAAGCUUCGGAGCAGGGAAAAUGUUUUUCUUCAAUAGAUUUAUUUCUUUUUCUUUUGCCUGAAGUUAUCAGACUAACAUCAUGAGACUUGACACCACUGUCCUGCUAAGGCAAGCGCUUACUGACUAUAUUAAGACUGUAUUGACAAUAUUAUAUUAAGUGUAGGCAGUGAGUAAAUGUUUUCGGAGCAGAAUGGUCAAGCCUGUUCAAGUGGGCAGCAGUGUUACUACAUUUCUUCAAAAUCCAUAAUACAGUUCAUGUCAUGGGGAAGUAGCAUAGGUACAUUUGAGACACAGCAGAUACCUGUUGGGAGUUUUCAAAACCACAUAAAUGGCACAGUUAAAACAGAGAAAUUGCACAAAAUACCAACAAAUAAAGUUUGCUUGACAUGGUUUGCAUCCUUUGUUUAAAACCCCAUGCUUAUUCAUUUUAAAGUUGUUUGUUUUUGUUCAUAGAUUGAGUCAUUGUCUUGAUUUGUGUUUUUAUUCCUUUUUAUGAUAGUCACCUCUAAAGUGAAAAUUGAUAGCUGUGUGCGGUAUCAAAACCUUUAAGUCUGUGAUUAUGUGGAAUUGUAUUCUGUCCCCAAUCAGAUGGGGGCAUGUACCUCUCACUGUCUGCUGGUUCUAUUCAUUUGUACUGACCAUUAAAUAAAGCUAGAGGUUGUAAAAUA